CCAACUAACUUGCCUAAAUACAGUAGUGGUUAUUUUAAGAGUUGUACGAUCGAUCCUUAUUAUUUAUCAGGAUGGCCCUCAACGAUGCUGAAGUUCGAAAGCAAAUCGAACAUAUGAUGGCAUUUAUAGAGCAGGAAGCCAAGGAAAAAGUAGAGGAGAUCGACGCCAAGGCAGAAGAAGAGUUCAACAUCGAGAAAGGUCGGCUUGUACAGCAGGAACGUCUCAAAAUAAUGAAUUUUUAUGAAAAGAAAGAAAAGCAAGUGGAGCUGCAAAAGAAGAUUCAGAGAUCAAAUCAAUUGAAUCAGUCACGACUGAAGACUCUCAAAGCACAAGAUGAUCAUAUCAAGGUGUUACUUGAUGAUGCAGUUAAACAGCUUGGUAAGGUGACACAGGACAAGACUCAGUAUUCACAAGUUGUCAAGGGCCUUAUAACACAGGGAUUAUUUCAGCUCCUGGAGCCAUCAGUGUCUAUCCGGUGUCGCCAACAAGACCUUGAUAUUCUGAAGGGUGUAAAGGAUGCAGCUGUUGAAGAAUAUAAAAAAGCCACAAAGAAAAGUGUAGAGCUAAUCAUUGAUGAACAGACAUUUUUAGGCUCAGACUGUGCUGGUGGUGUUGAAUUGUUGGCAAAACAAGGACGCAUUAAAGUUGUAAACACAUUAGAGAGCCGCCUUGAAAUGAUGAGUAAACAGAUGAUGCCAGAGAUAAGGGGGACUUUAUUUGGUGCAAAUGCCCGAAGAGCAUUUUUUGACUGACUUCUUUUACUAGGCAGUAUAUACAAUUUCUUGACCACAAGACUUUCUUUUCUGUAUACAAAUUUUCCUUUCCUAUCCUUAGACCAUGUGGUCUCCUACUGAUAAGAAAACGUAUGUAAACUUCUUUAUGGGUGAAGAUUCCUUUACAUCUACAUGUUUUUUGUUUGUUUGUUUGUUUUUUGUGGUUUGGGUUUUUUCUGCAUUUGCUUGUUGUCAGUGAUUUUAUUCUUGUUUUCCUUUGUUUUUGUUUUUGUUUUUUUUUGCUUUUUGUUUUGUUUUGCAGGCCUUGUUUUAGUGAGAAUUUUUUUUCAGGGGGGGAAGGGAGGGAAGGCAAAAGAGCCAUCCCAUGUUCUUAAAUUAAAUAAGACUUAAUGAUUAUUGAAAUAAACACAAAUAAGAAUUGAGA